GGUUUCAAUCAUGCGCUACGAUCCUUAUCCGUUCUACUUCUACCCUGACACUUGCCUUUCUCGCUGCUUUUAUAUAGCUCUCCCGAGCCAAUCCACUCGCAAUUCUGCUACUCGAAACCCACCGAAUUCACUGCAAAAACUGGGCGCAAUGAUGUCUUCGACCACACUCCGGCCGCUGGUGCCAGCGGCGGCGUCGCACAUCACCACCGGCGCCUCGCCCGCGGCUGGGCGGCGCUCGGCGGUGGCGUCGGUGCGCGCGGUGCGGAACUACGACUCGAUCCCGAAGCGGGAGACCUUCAGCUCCAGCCGCAGCAUCCUCGACGAGUUCCUCAGGCAGGAGAAGCCCCUCGUCCAGCGCACCAAAGACCAGAUCACAGAUUAUUGCACGACCAUAGAAGGUGAUGAAUGUUGCAGCUGUUGGGAUGCAUACUUUGAACUGAAUAAACUUGAGCAAGAGCUGCCCAAAGAGGAAAUCGCAAGGAUGGUGAAGGAUUCAGAGGGAGAUGUGAAGUACCUGAUCGACAGCAUCCAUCACCGUUCAAAUCUACGGAAAAAGAUGGCUGAGAAAGCUCGUGAUACUGUUUCAUCAAGCUCCCAGGGGCAAAUGGCGAAGCCAAGGCCUUUCCCUGUGCCUGACGGGUUGCCGAAAACACAGGAAGAGCUUGCCGAAGAAGAGGAAGCUCUGAUGCCAGAGUCCCCUUACACAAGGUUACUGAGAAGGAUGGGGAGAUACCCUGAUUGGUACACCCCGCGCCCUGAUCAUGAGACCGACUGAAUCAAGUCCAUUCACCAUCUUGUGGCAUGAUAAUCUGAAGCUGUAUGUGGCCCGUGGUCAGAUGUCUCAGAUUAGUGUUGCUGUUGCACCUAUGCAGAUUAGGUUCAUAGGUUCUUCUUCCCUGUUUUUGCAAUCUGAACUUUAUAACGGUGUCUGCUUUGUGCCGUGCAGCUCUUACGUCCAGCAUAGCUUUUAUUCCACUCUGUAUUCCCAUUCGAGGUUCUGUGUAUUGGUGCAUCUAUGUAUAUGUAUGUAUACUGCAUAUAGCCUGGAAUAAAAUCUCUGGGACCCAGCGUUUCUGGACACAUA